AAUUCAAUACAAUACUCUCAUACUCUCGAAGCAACAUGGAAACCAUGAAGCAUUAUUGCCUUGCCCUUGUCUUUCUUGUGAUCAUGAUAUUUGCUCCCCUCUUUGAUUGCCAUAACAUCAUCUCAGAAUCCCCAGCUCCUCAACCCUCACCCGGUUUCCAUAUGUAUGGCUCAACACCUGGUAGCCUCCACCCUCAAGAGUGUUUGCCGAAGUGCACGUACAGGUGUUCAAAUACGCAGUACAGGAAGCCAUGCAUGUUCUUUUGCCAAAAGUGUUGUGCCAAGUGCUUGUGCGUUCCACCUGGGACCUACGGCAACAAGCAGUUCUGCCCUUGCUACAAUAACUGGAAGACUAAGAGGGGUGGCCCCAAGUGUCCUUAGCUUAAUAAAUCACAUUAUUAUUAUUAAUUAUUUUCCUUAAUCAACACCGGAGUAUGUAAUUAGUGUAAUUCUGUCGUAUAUUUUCCUAUAGCUUACGUUAUUCCCAAUAUGGUGCUAGCCUCUUGUUGUUACAUGGUCCUUUGAGGUUUGUUCGUUUGGACAAUUUCUUGGAUUGGAUUUGUAUUGCGAAUCCACAUGAUAGAUGUACCAUAUGAAUGAAAUUCAAGCGUGUUAUUCUUGCUGUGGGUAAUAAAUCGCAAACUACUCA